CUCGACACCACGGCAUAGAAUCGGAGUGCGCAGCCCGCGAUUAAUAUUGCGAUACGCCCAGGCUCGACUCCACUCGAAGGAUUGAUCACGUGAACAGCGCUGCUCCGUUGUUGCCUUGCUGCCGGUCGAGCUAGCGAUCAACGUUCGAGUUUACAAGCUCAAGCUAUCGCUAUGCAGCCGAUCGCUACGACCAAGGGCAAGCUGACACAGCUCAGAUAUGAGCUGCCGCAACGCGUCCACGCAGCCACCAUCUACCCAGUCAAAGCUCCCAAUGGCUCAACCAUCCUGCUUCAUGCGCACGAUACCGGCGUAAGCGUCAUCUGGAGGGGAGGGCGACCGCUGAAGAAGACCGCGCCGCCUCCCAAGCAGGCGCCAAAGCCGCAGAAGGUCAAUGGAGCCAGCGACGAUGCGGUCAUGAUCAUCGACUCGGACGACGAUGAGCCUGCGAAACCUGCGCCGGCGCAAUCCAUGCCGCGAGCCGAGUUUGAAGAAGAAGAGGAGGAGCUCGACCCAGACCAGCCGUACCCCUCGAUCGUACAGCAGGUCCAUCUCUCCUUCAACACCGAAGUCCUGCACAUUGCCGUACCUCAAGUGCCAACUGUCUCCGCACUCCGACCUGCGGAAACGAUACCAGCGAUCUUCAGCAAGAAGCUCGUCUUCACUGCCACCUGCGCCGACUCCACCAUACGCGUCGUUACUCUGCCCCUGAGUCUCCCACCACACGCUGCAAGGGAAAAGCCAUGGAGCGCAUCUUCGCAAUAUGGCGAGGAAGUCAUCAAGUUCCACGGGCACCAAAGCAUCGCGCGAGGUGUGACCAUGACCUGGACGUCAAGAGGAGAGCCGAGCGCGAAGCACGAGACCGACGAUGAGGUGGACGUAGACGCAGAGGGCGAUGUUGGUGCAACACCAGGACGGCGGCGCAGGAAACAACAGAGCCGCUCGCGCUCACGCCCGGGCACGGCAGCUGGAUUCGACAUCUUGGUCGCGACGCACUCGGCUGAACUCGGGGGUCUGUUCAAGAUCUGGCGCUUCGAACUCACUGAAACCUCCGUCAACGGUGCCCAUCCGAUUGCGCCCUACAAGACUGUGACACUACGUAAGCCUGCGUCUAGCAUUGCUUUCAACACCGCCCAAUACCCCAAGCGUCGCCACUCUCAGCUUCUCAUCACCGAUCUGACCGGCACCGCGCGUGUCUACGAUCCAUUCGCGCCCGCGAGUCGCAAGCGGAGUGCAAGCGGCCAAAGCGAGCCUGGUGCCUUCACGACCAUGUUCAGGUCGACGUUCGAAAGCGUGAAGAGCAACUCGCUCACGCCUCCAAUUCUUGCUACCCGCAAAGCGAUUCUCGACGCGGCGUGGACGUGUGACGGGCGGCACAUCCUGGCUUUGCUCGCAGACGGCGAAUGGGGCGUGUGGGAUUGUGAUCAGUCAGGACCCAGUCCACCCGCUGAUCCUGCCGCCUUUUCUCUGCGCGGCUUCGUGGGCACAGCCGAGAAGGAGGGAAGCAGCAAUGGUCCAUCCAGCCCCAAGCGUGGUGGUCGUAGCUCCCUUGCACCAAUGACACCAAACACUCGUCGCAGGAAAGAGGAUAACCUCUUCCAUGGUAGCUCGUCUGGUAUUGCUGUGCCAACGCGCGGAGGCGUCUCGGUUGCUUCGUCAACGUCAGCGAACGGCACAGUAUCUGAAGACUCAGUCAUCAUCUGGUACGGUUCAGAAGUGUACAGGAUAGCAGACCUAACCAAGUUCUGGACACGCAAUGCCUCCGCAAGCCGUGGACAAUCUCUCCCCGGCCCCGGCCUCACUCAGAUCCACGACAUUCCCCUGCUCGGCGAAUCCAUCACAUCGAUAACACAGUUCGACACCACCGCUGCUGCAUCGCGGAUGGCCAUCGGCAGAGACAUUCUGAUCGCAGCAGAACACCGACUCAUCAUCUCGGCAGGCACAAAUCAGCCUCUGGGACGUGAUCUCGGCGCUGUGUUCGCACUACCGCCCGCCGAGGAGGAAGACAGCAGACGAGCAGAUCAGGCCCUUCUUACUCGUGGCGAGCUCGAUAUCGGCGGUAUGGACAGGCUGCUUGAGGAUAUGGAGAGCAGUGGCAGCGGGCUGAAGAGCCUGACUAUGGGCAAUCCGAGGAAAGUGCUGUUUGCUUCGUCGGCGGCAUGAUCCACAGCAUUUGUGGGCGCUCGACGGCGCGUUGCUUGUAAGACUAUUGAUAUCCCCAUCGACCGUUGCCUGCGCAUCACCUCACUUUCUGUCUUUUCUUCUUCUGUUCUUUGUAUCAGCCACUUCGCGGCCUAAGUAUCAGCCACUUCGCGGCCUAAGGUGGAGCUCAGCGACCAGACCCAUUCCUGCUGCUCAGUAUAGCCUCGCGAAAGAGUGAACAGCGCUCUUGCAGUCGCCGACGCCUUAGUACCCCUCAGGGGAGAAGACAAGGAUGUCUGGAUAGCUGCAGAGCGCGAGCACGCCUCCCGUUGC